AUGAGAUUUGAAUAUCUAGGUAUAGAAAUAACAGGAUACGGUGAUAUCGAAGCGGAAGUAAGAAUUCAAGCGGCUAAAGCAGCACGAGCCUCAGCUUAUCUGAACGAUAUAAUCUUCCGAAACAAAUAUAUCGGAAUCGAGAUCAAAUCCCGAAUCCAUAAGGCUGUCAUCCGGCCUAUAUUAACAUACACAGCGGAAACCAGACCUGACACAUCGAAAACAAAGGGAAUAUUAGAAACCACCGAAAUGAAAAUACUGCGCAGGAUCGUUGGAAAAACAAUUUGUGACAGGAAGAGAAGCGAGGACGUUAGAAAAACAUGUAAGUUUGACAACGUAAACGAAUGA